AUGUUUAAUUCAACUUCUGAAAUUAACAUUAACUCUGUUAACUCUACACAAAUACCAUCGGUUUCAAUAUCACCGGAUUAUAACAGUAAUCCCACUAACGCUAAAAACCGUGGUAAUUAUGUUAAAUCUGCUUGUCGACCUUGUGCACUAGCAAAAGUCAAAUGUUCGGGGGAUAUGCCUUGUGAUCGAUGCUCCAAACAAGAAAAAGAAUGCUUAUAUGAGCCUCAAAGAAAACGUGGACCCAAAAUUCGUCGUUCACGUUCUACAAGUUGCGACAAUCGAUAUAGGCAACAGUCGGUACCUCUACGUCGCACACGUUCCAAUUGUGAUCGAAGACGGUCCAGCAGCCCUUUCGAAACGACUAGGGCAGAAAGCAAUAAUGCACUUGGCAUUUCCCUUCCAAAUACUUUACAAUCACCAUACUUUACUCAGAAUGAUAAUUUGCAUCCAAAUCAUUAUAUUGAAGGAAAUCAAAAUUUACAACCUGGAUUUAAUUACCUGGAUCCUGCCCUGUUAGCCCCUAGUGGAAUAUUUGACUUUCCUCAUUCUCCUCAAAGUGAUGAGUGGCAAUUUAACUUAGCUCCUGAGUUUGAAAACUAUAGCUAUUACAUUGAAGAAGGAUUUUUAGGUCAACAAACUGAAAACUGA